AUGUCAGAACUGGAACCGUUUUUUUUUCCCUUGAACUCGAAAAGGAAUCCACUCACGGGAAUGAUAAGAAAGCAGCGUAUAGUAACCCAUCUGGAGUGGUUGAAUCAAGCAGAUUUUACUUCGCUCAAUCUUCGCAAUCAAGCAAUGCAAUCGCUUAUCGUUCUUACAGCUUUAUUGGCUGUAGCUCUUGGAAAAGCAGUACGCCCAAGAAAAAUUGUGACCGCUACCUCCGGGUAUGCAUAUGCUGUUGAUCUAGCGGUCCCUGUCCCACUGAGUGCUUUCACCUGCAUGAAAAACUAUGGUUACAGCACUGUAUUUGUGAGAGCUUACGAUCCGACUAGUGCUGGCAAAUUCGACAUGAAUGCUGUCAAUAAUAUUCGCAACGCUAAGAAAGCUGGUCUCGGAAGUGAGGUGUUCAUGACACCGCAGCCUCGCUCGGUCAAAAAGGGCAGCCAACAGUUCACGGAGAUGUACAAAGGAUUUAAGCGAGCAGAUAUCAAACUCAAAACUGUGUGGGUCCAGGUCACCUCACCAAUCAACUGGAAUCGAGACACCAAGGCUAACAUCAAUUUCCUCCGUGACAUUUUAUCAAUGGCUAAAUAUUACGGUGUAGCGAUUGGCUUCUACACAAACGUUCACGAUUGGACCCAGAUCACAAACGGUGCCACUGCGGAGGGAACAAUGCUCUGGUACUGGAAUGUUAUGGGCGGCGGACGAAACGGUGAAACACCAGCGAAUUUCAACGAUUUCCGUCCAUUCGCAAAAGUCACGAAACCCACGGUCAAACAAUUCGCGCAAAUGGAAGAUGUAUGUGGGGUUACGGUGAAUAGGGACGUGUACGUGCUGAAUAGAUCAACGCGAACUCUCGCUUCAGCACCUGGUGAUUCAAACGGCAAACUGAUUGUUGGCAGCAUUGGAGAGGGACUGGUCCCUGAGCUUGUACAAAUUGUAUAA